ACUGUCGAAUUUGUCAAUUUCUAGUUAAUAAACAUUGUCAGAAGUAGUCUAUACUGUUUAAAUUAUUUUGAAAAUUACAAAAAUUUAGAUAAUAUGAAAUUUCAACAUUAUAAUUUUUGGCUUCGGAUUUAUUUUGACUUAUAAAUAAACUAGAUCUUGCAACCACAAAAUUGCUUACUACAAAUCAGCUGAUCUGCUGAAUUAAUUUGGCAUUAGUUUUGCAAUAUGGCAUCGCGGCACCCUACCGUUUUUAGUAAAUUAGGAAUAAUUUUGACCAGGCAAUUUAGCACUGCCGUUGGAUUUUCCUAUGCCUAUAAGCCAUGGAAUCGUGCUUAUCCCACACAGAUGCCAACAAAUGUACGUCAAUCACAUGAACCUAGUAAAAAGUGUGGAAAGUAUAAAAUUGUGAUGGUUCGUCAUGGCGAAUCAGAAUGGAAUAAAAGCAAUCAGUUCUGUGGUUGGUAUGACAGUGCGCUUAGUGAAAAGGGAUUAACCGAGGCAAAGGCAGCAGCGAGAGCUUUAAAGGAGGCAGGCUAUAAAUUUGAUAUUGCUCACACAUCCCUGCUUUGUAGGGCUAUAAUCACACUAGACAUAAUAUUAAAAGAAAUUGGCCAAACGGAUAUUCCCAUUUGUAAAACAUGGCGUUUAAAUGAACGACAUUAUGGUAACCUGAUUGGAUUAAAUAAAGCCGAAACAGCUGCAAAAUAUGGAGAAAAGCAAGUACAAAUAUGGCGCAGAAGUUUUGCUACGCCACCUCCACCAAUGGAAAAGGACCAUCCGUAUUACGAUAAUAUUGUUAACGAUGAACGUUAUAAAGAUGGUCCUAAAAAAGAGGAAUUUCCCAUGUUUGAAUCACUGAAACUUACAAUAGAGCGCACUCUACCCUAUUGGAAUGAAACAAUAGUACCGCAAAUAAAAGCAGGGAAAUUGAUAAUUAUUUCGGCACAUGGAAAUAGUCUGAGAGGCAUUGUAAAGCAUUUAGACAAUCUAUCUGAAGAUCAGAUAAUGGCUCUAAAUUUACCCACUGGUAUACCGUUUAUUUACGAAUUGAAUGAAUGCCUGCAGCCAGUUGUGUCCAUGAAAUUUUUAGGCGACGAAGAAACAGUCCGAAAAGCAAUGGAGGCUGUUGCUGCGCAAGGAAAGGCCAAAUAGAUUCAACGCAUUGAAACUUACAUUUGUACAUAUGAAAAAAAGUAAAACGGAUUAACUGGAAAAAAUGGCAAAAUAUACCUUAAGUCGCGGUGCAAACCUCAUCUAAUUUUCUAACUUAAAAAAAUUGUAAAGCAUGUCCAAAUUUAAAUAAAAUAAAAUAUUAUACAUGAAAAGUGAAA